AUGGAUGUUAUAAGAACAGACAUGCCGUUUGUGUAUAAUGAAACUCCAACGCCUACUUUGAGUGGUUUUUCAAUUGAACACCCGUUAUAUCAAACUGUUACAUAUUUAUUCCACUUUCCUAAGUUAAGUUUGUCUAGGAUCAUGAUGGAACUAAACGAAAUUCAAGAAAAAGAAUUAUUUGACGUUAAUUUUAAAUAUGGUCGUUGGUUGUCCUCUCCGCCGGCCGGCGAAGAAGUGGUCAUAUCUGGAAUGUCUGGUCGCUUUCCAGAAUCCGAUAAUGUCUACGAGUUUCGUGACAAUCUGUUUAACAAAACGGAGAUGGUUACCGAAAAUGAAAAAAGAUGGAAAAUCGAUCACCCCGAUGUACCAAAAAGAAGUGCUCACGUUAAUAAUAUUAACAAAGUGGAUGCUGGGUAUUUUGGGCUCCAUUAUCGUCAGGCUGAUAAUUUAGAUCCUGCACUGAGAGUUUUGAUGGAAACGGCCAUGGAAGCUGUUAUGGAUGCUGGAAUAAAUCCGUUAGAACUGAAAGGAAGCAAAACUGGGGUAUUCAUUGGUUUUUCUUAUUCAGAUGUGGAAAAUAUGACGUUCGUCGAGAUGACGAAGUCACAACAGUUUUGCGUUACUGGCUUUUUUAAAUCUUUGUUUGCUCAUCGUCUCAGUUAUUAUUUGAAACUAAAAGGACCAUCAUUCAUAGUUGACACAGCUUGUAGUAGUUCUGGGAAUGCUCUUCAUACAGCGUUUAAAGCUAUGAGAAGUGGUGAAUGUGAAGCUGCAAUAGUGGCUAGCUGCAACUUGAUUACUCAUCCUGGGGCUACAAUUCAAUUUUUUCGCUUAGGAGUUUUAAGUUCGGAUGGAAUACCCAGAGUAUUUGAUCAGGACGCAAACGGCUAUGUUAGAAGUGAGGCUUGUACAUGUCUUUUUCUCCAAAAGUCUAAAAAUGCGAAACGAAUUUACGCACAAAUUAUGAAUACGAAAGUAAACUCCGACGGGUUUAAAAAGGAAGGGAUAACAUAUCCUUCAUCGCAAAUGCAAGAAGAACUUAUGAGUGAAAUAUACAAAGAAAGUGGCAUUAAGUUUUCAAAACUGAGCUACGUCGAAGCACAUGGUACUGGUACACAAGCUGGUGACCCUGAAGAAGCUAAUGCUAUAGAUAGAGCUUUGGCGAAGAAAUGUGAAAAACAGCUUCUCGUAGGUUCAGUAAAAUCAAACAUUGGUCAUACUGAACCUGUUUCAGGUUUGUGUUCAGUCGUAAAAGUACUGAUUGCAAUGGAAACCGGAUUUAUACCACCUAAUAUCAACUUGACAAGAGUACGUAAAGGACUGGAAGGGAUUGAACAAAACCGAAUGAGAGUUGUGACAGAAGCUACUGAGCUUUUAGAGCAUGAUGCUGUUGUAGGUGUUAACAACUUUGGUUUCGGUGGUAACAACUGUCAUAUGGUACUACAAAGAUUUAAAAAACAUAAAAUCGAUGGUGGACUGCCGAAAGAUGAUGUUCCUAGAUUAAUUUGUGUCAGUGGUCGCACUAAUGAAGCAGUUUUGAAAAUUUUAAACGAUGUUGGUAACAAAAGUUUGGAUGAAGAAUACGUUGGUUUGCUCCAUCAGUUGUAUAAAAUUAAUAUUCCAAGUCAUUUAUAUAGAGGAUAUGCAGUCGUUUCAAAACGUGGCGUAGUGUCGAUGUCGUCAAAAUUAAUGCCUUCUAAAAAACCACACUUGCACGUAUUUUUUGGACAAUUCGUCAAUAAUUUCCGAAUACUAGCUUCAUAUUUGAAGAAAUUUUCGAUCUUCGAAUGCAGCGAAGCAAGCAUCAAUCAAAUUUUGGUACUCAACAAAGUAAAAACGCUUAAAGAAAUUUUAGAAGAUAAGACAGUAAAUGAAGAUGCGUUAGGGUCAAUAUGUGUGCAGUUAAUUUUGGUAGAUAUUAUCAAAAAUUUGGAAUUGUUUCCCACUUGCGUUUCCGGUGACGCUUCUGGCAAAAUCGUUACUGCUUAUUAUUACAAUGUUAUUCAAUUGAAAGAGGCUGUGUCAGCAGCUAUACAAUUUAGUCAAAUAAAGUCUGAUUCUAAUAUGAAUUUCCAAACAUUACCAAGCUUAGUGGAUUCUAAAGAUAAAAACCUAAUGAGGGAGGAUUAUUUAACUCUUGAAACUUGUCUUAAAUCAUCGAAAAGCACAGUAAUACUGAAUGUAUCCGAUCUGUCACUCAAUGGUGAAGAUAAUUUACUAGUGGAAAAUAGUGACGUCAAUUUACUGGGUCUGUUGGGAAGAUUAUAUACAGAAGGUUACCUUCCUCAAGUUCACAAAUUGUACCCUCAAAUAAACUUCCCUGUAAGUAGAGGCACCUCAAUGGUCUCACCUUCUGUUCAAUGGAAUCACGAGAAAUCAUGGGACACAUACAAAUUUAGUGACUUUACGUCAUGGGACGCUGAACAGAGAGUACACAGAAUUUCAUUGUUAUACGAGGACCAUCAGUUUGUGAAUGGCCAUUGCAUUGAUGGACGUAACCUUCUCCCUGCUACCGAAUAUUUACAUUUAGUUUGGCAAACGUAUGCACAAAGUCGACGAUUAUUAGCGUCGGAUAUUCCUGUAUUAUUUGAAGACUGUAAGUUUAUCAGAGCUGUUACAAUGCCAAAGAGUGGUUACGUAAAAUUGCUUGUAACGGUUCAAAGGGGAACAGGCAAAUUUGAAAUUUUAGAAAACGAUUCGAUAAUUGUUAGUGGUCGAAUCCAAUCAUGUCCAAAUGCAAGUCAACAACAAGUUAAUCUACCAAAUUUUGAUUCUUUGAGUGACAAUAAAUUAGAAAUAUUGGAACAAGACGAUAUUUAUCGAGAAUUUUACUUAAGAGGCUACAAUUACAGCGGUUUAUUCAAAUCAAUUAAACGAUGCAAUGCAGAUGCUUCUAUAGGACUGAUUAAAUGGGAGAACAAUUGGUCCGCUUUUAUGGAUAAUAUGCUUCAGAUGAAAAUUCUUCAGUUUGACACGAGGUUGCUUUUCGUUCCUAUUGGAAUUAAGAAAAUAAUUAUAGAUCCAUUACAACAUAUUGACAUUGUGCACGAACAGGAUGCCAAAGAUUGUCUUCUACCUGUUUAUGCGAACAAGAAUUGCAACUUCAUCAAGUCUGGAGGAAUUGAGAUUCAUGGAGUACAAGUAAAAUCCAUUUUCAAGAAAAAAACACUACUGGAACCAGUUUUAGAAAAGAACGUGUUUGUCCCAAAUAAUUACUCUUUAGGUUUAGAAGAAGCAGUGAGAGUCAACACGCAGAUAAUCUUAGAAAAUAGUUUAGAGUCCACGUUCAAAGCUGUGGAAAUCAUCAACGAAUUCACGGACCCAAAUGCUGAACACAUCUUAGGUUUUGUCAAUAAAACCUUAGAACAUAUCCCUUUACUAACUCCUGACCUAACCAUUUCGUCAAAAACAACCAUAACUGAGACACCUGGUAUGAAAUUCGAAAAUGUAACGUUAACACAAGAAAGCAGCAUACUUUUAUACGUUGGAAGUAAAAUUCUACAACUAAAUACUUUAAAACAAUGUUUGGUGCCUCUUAGCAAAAAUGGAUUUAUCCUAACACGAGAAGAUAUCAGUUUCAGUUUAGAAAACGACAUCAGUGAAGUAGACAUUAUAACUGAGUAUGUAACACCCAAUGAAAGAAUAUUUUUAAUGAAGAAAAAAGUUGAAAAUUAUAAACCCAAGUUAAUUGAAGUAUCUUCGAGUAAUGUCAGUUGGCUCCCGGUGUUACAAAAUGCUUUAAAUCUUGGAAAAGAUGUUAUAACUCAUGCGACAAAUCGGGAUCCCGAAGGAAUAUUGGGUUUAAUAAAUUGCAUCAGGCGAGAACCCAAUGGAAACUUAGUUAAGUGUUUCUUCAUGAUGGACGAUGCUCCUGAAUUUGAUCCCCAACAUCCGUUUUAUAGUAAACAAAUCAGUAAAAACUUGGCUAUGAACAUUUAUAAGGAUAAAUCUUGGGGAACAUAUCGACAUUUGGUUUUGGAAGAGAAACCGAAGAUCAACUGUGAACAUUCUUACGCAUAUUUUAAAUCGAGAGGAGACAUAUCCAGUUUCGAAUGGUUAGAGGGACCUUUAUCUAAAGAAGUACCACCAAAAGAAGGACAGCUUUUGACAUGUUAUUCGUCAGUUAACUUUAAAGAUAUUAUGGCCGCUUCUGGACGUGUAAAUCCCGAAAUAUUACAACCCCAUCGACUUGGACAAGAAAUUCUAAUAGGAUUUGAAUUUUCAGGAGCAGAUUUAAGUGGCCGAAGAAUAGCGGGAAUGACUAACGAUCAAGGUAUUUCGUCCUAUGUUACUUUGGAUUCUUCCUUAAUUUGGAAAAUACCUGACUCAUGGACACUUGAAGAUGCAGCGACGGUUCCUGUCGUGUACUCUACUGUUAUUUAUGCUCUUUUAGUGGUUGGCGAUUUGACACCGGGUUCUUCAGUUCUUAUUCACUCAGCUACUGGUGGUAUUGGACUAGCUGCCCUAAAUAUUUGUCUUCAUUAUAAAUGUGUCAUUUACGUAACUGUCGGCACUCAGGAAAAGAGAGCUUAUUUAAAAGAUAAUUAUCCACAAAUUCCAGACAACCAUAUUGGAAAUUCACGAGACACCUCAUUUGAACAAAUGAUCAAAAGAGAGACCCAGAAUAAAGGAGUUGACAUGAUUUUGAACUCUCUAAGUGAGGAUAAACUCCAAGCUUCUAUCAGAUGUUUAGCACGAGGAGGAAAGUUCAUGGAAAUUGGCAAAUACGAUUUGGCGAAUGACAGUUCUUUAAAUCUUUUGCUCAUGGAAAAAGAAGCUAGCUAUCAUGGCAUAUUGUUAGAUGUCGUUUUUAGAAACUUUAAAGAAAUGAAAACUACAGUGGUAAAACGUUUAGUAGAAGGAAUAGAAGCAGGUUUUGUAAAACCACUUCCUAGGAUUGUGUUUAAUGAAGACGAAGUUGAAAAGUCAUACAGAUACAUGAUGACAGGCAAACAUAUUGGAAGAAUAUUGAUCAAGCUGCGGAAUGAAGCAGAUAGUGUCAGUAAAUUCAAGAUGAUAUGUCCAUGUAGAUGCAACAUGAAUGUAAUUAUCUUUUUAAGUUUCCACUGUGACCUGCGUUACUCCUACGUCGUUAUUGGAGGGCUAGGUGGAGUUGGUCUAGAAUUAAGCGACUGGUUGGUGCUAAGAGGUGCCCGAAAACUAGUACUAACUUCGAGAUCGGGAGUUCAAAGUGGUUACCAUCAGCACAGAAUUAAUAUUUGGAGGACAUACGGUGUCCAAGUUAAAAUAUCUACGAAAGAUGUAACCACCGAACAAGGAUGUGAAGAUUUAAUUAAAGACGCGAAUGAGCUUGGACCUGUCGACGCUAUUUUUAACUUAGCUGUAGUUCUUAAAGAUGCACUAUUUGAAAAUCAAACUCAAGAAAACUUCGAAGCUUCGUUAGCACCAAAAGCUCGCGCUACACUAUAUUUGGAUCGCGUUACUAGGAAAUUGUGCCGAAAAUUGAGGUAUUUUGUUAUAUUUUCGUCAGUAUCCUGCGGUCGUGGGAAUCCGGGUCAAAGCAACUACGGUAUGGCAAACUCUGUUAUGGAAAGGAUAUGUGAGAAUCGAAAACGAGAAGGAUUACCAGCUGUGGCUAUCCAAUGGGGCGCAAUUGGUGAAGUCGGUUUGGUAGCGAAAAUGCAAAAGGAGAAUAAGGAGUUAGUGAUUGGUGGUACCCUUCAACAAAAAAUUUCAAGCUGUCUUGAGGUGUUAGAUAUUUUAUUAACACAUAACUAUCCAGUUGUUUCUAGUAUGGUAGUUGCCGAAAAAAAUAAUAAAAGCGACAUUCUGAGUGCAGUAGAAGCAGUUGCUCGUGUUUUAGGAAUAAACGACAUGAAAACCAUCAGUCAGUAUACGACAUUUGCAGAACUCGGUAUGGACUCGAUGAUGGGUACAGAGAUUAUUCAACUUUUAGAGAAAGAUUUUGAAAUUUAUGUGACUUCUAAAGAUGUGAGAACUUUAACAUUCGCGAAACUAACUGAAAUAGAAGCAGAGAAAAUGAAUAAAUCUGAAGAAGUUGUAAACAAGAAAAAGGAGGAAGGCACAAAUUUGCUCAUUCAAUAUAUUCCCAAUAGUGAAACUGGUGACUUGCCUAUUGUAAAAUUGAAAAGUCAAAUAGAUUCAUACGCAGAAGCUCCAGUCGUGUUUCUGUUACCAGGACUGGAAGGCGUCUUCAAACCACUAGAGUAUUUGGCAAAUUCAUUAAAAGCUGACGUAAUAGGAAUACAGUACAACUAUAACAAUCCAGAAGACAGCAUUCAAGAAAUUGCUCAGAAUACACUGCCGCACAUUGAAAAUUAUUUAUCCAGAAAAAUUCCCUUCUACAUUGUCGGAUAUUCAUUUGGGACUGGAGUCGGUCUAGAAUUGAUUAGUUUACUUGAAGCGAAAGGCUAUAAUGGUACGAUAAUUUUAAUUGACGGUUCACCAGCAUAUAUAACGUCUUCUCUAAAAAAACAGUUCAUACACGACACAGAUGCUCAGUUCCAAACUGCAAUUUUUAGCAAAAUUGCUACUUUUGUGAUUCCGUUGGAUGCAUUGUCGCAAUAUGAGGAAACGUUGCUCAAGUGCAAAAAUUUAGAAGAACGAAUGGAUUUGCUACUGGCAUUAUUACCACCCGAAACAAGUAACAAACAAAAAUUAAAAAAACAGGCAGGUCUUGCACUAUACAGCCGUUGUAAAGCUCUACUUAACUAUACAUUUAAAAAUAAGAAAGUUAAAUCACCAGUACAUCUGUUCAAAGCAAAAUAUUCGAUGGUAGACGAAGGAGAUGAUUAUCAGAUGUCAAAAGUAAGUGAUGGCCUGGUACAAGUAACUACAAUAGAUGCUGAUCAUGUAACAAUUUUAAAUAGUCCAGAUCUUGUAAAGGCUAUUAGUGAAAUCGUAGCCACGAAAUCUUAA